AUGAUGAUUUCAACAGAAUGCAAGCGCAAAGAAUAUACAACCUUAAUCAAGGUAAGGUACUCUCCCUGGCACGGGGCUCGAGGCAUCGGAGGGAAGAAUUUUCCGGUGAGAAUGGAAGCUCAUCUCCGAGUUUUCUUCUCUCCUCUCGCCGUCUUGGGUGAAUCCAAGCUCUCGGUCUCACCGGAUAGUAAGUAUGAAGAUGGUCACUCUCGACGCGUGAAUGACGAUGGACUCACUCCCCACGGGCUCUUCCUCCAAACCCACCACCGUGAGGAAAUACCCUUCCACCGCUUAUACACCGGCAAAGUCUCUCUUUGUAGAGACCCGCAUCCGUCUCCCCCUCCUCUCCACCGUGGUGGGGUUUCGUCACAGUGGCUUCAACGCCCCACGUGCGUGAAACCACAACUCCCUUUGCCGUUCAAUCGGGUUGUUCUGGUACAAGGCUCAAUCGGACUUCGCAACCAUCGCCAUCACCGAAGAUAUCGCCGAGAUCGCCCUUCCGUCCGUCGGCCUACAUUGGGCUUGGCCCAUGAGAAAAUUUAA